AUGUCUGCCCCCAAGGAAAAACAGAAUAUUGUUGUUAUAGGGGGGGGAAUUAUAGGAUGCACUACCGCAUACUACCUCACCCAUCAUCCGCAGUUUGAUUCUUCUAGCCACACCGUUACGGUCAUUGAAGCUGCGAAUCUGGCCAAUGCCGCUUCAGGCAAAGCUGGUGGGCUAGUGGCUGCCUGGGCCACCUCAAGCAACCUUGCCAAGCUGAGUUUCGACUUACACGAUCAACUGGCCCGAGAAUAUAACGGCGCGGAACUCUGGGGCUACCGUCGCGUUCGGUGCGGGCAACUGACCGCUGUGGUGCCCCAGCGAAGGGGCACUUCCAAGCUGGAGUCGAGCAGCCCUCCGAAUAUCGAACUGGGGAAAUGGUGGGCCCGAGACCUCAAGAAAUCGUCGGUACUGCCACAUGACCUAGACUGGUUUGACAAUGAGAGUGCUCAAGCCUACGAAGAAUUCGCCGAUACCAGCUCCACUGCACAGGUGCAUCCUUUUCAAUUCACAAGCUCCAUGGCGAAGCUGGCCGAGCAAAGCGGGGCAAGGAUCGUCAUGGGGAAGGUGGAGUGUAUCAAUUGCUGCAACGCGGACGGCUCGUCCGAGAGUCCUUCACCACUGACGUCCUUCGACAAUUUAACGCAAAAGAAGGUGGUUUCGGUCACCUACGUGGACAAGGUCACCUUGGAACAACAUACUCUUCCAGCUACCACCGUUGUGCUUGCCGCAGGACCUUGGACCCCUACACUCUUUCCGAAAGUCCGAAUCCAUCCACUCCGUGCACACAGCGUGAGUAUCAAGCUCCAAAGGCCUGUGUCUGCAUAUUGCUUGUUUUCAGAUAUCCGCCUCGGCGACUCUCGACAGACUGUUGGAGCAGCGAAACCCAUUUCGUUGGAGAUAUAUGCGCGCCCGAACAACGAGGUUUACAUCUGUGGCCAAGGGGAUCGGGAUAUUCCCUUGCCAGCCCCUGGAAACGCUGUGGAGGUUUCCUCCGAUAGUUGCAACGACAUCAUUAACGCGGCCAUGAGUGUGUCGGAAGAGUUGCGGAACGGCAAGGUGACAGGAAGACGGGCGUGCUACCUGCCUACGUUGGAUGUUGGAGCUAGCAGCGAUCCGCUAGUAGGCCAAACGGAGCUGGCGGGACUUGUUCUAGCCACCGGACAUUCGUGUUGGGGCAUCUCCAAUGCGCCUGCAACAGGAAAGGCGGUUAGUGAGCUCAUACUCGAUGGAAGAGUUAGCUGUGUGGAUGUGGCGAGUUUAGACCCUAGGAGAAUUCGUUGA